AUGCAGCCCACGCUGAAUCCAGAUCUACGCUGUUCCGAUUACGUCUUCCUGAAUCGCUGGGCCGUCCGGAGGCAGAACGUACGGCGCGGCGACAUAGUGUGCGUUAUAUCUCCCAAGGAGCCGAGUCAGAAGCUGAUCAAGAGAGUCAUUGGGCUCGCCGGGGAUAUCGUGGGCACGCACGGCUACAAGAUCAGUGCUCUUCAAGUAUGGAUACAAUAUGUAGAAGUAAUUAUUGGGUGCCGGAGGGACACUGCUGGCUGGAAGGGGACCACAUUGGACGUUCUCUGGACUCCAAUACCUUCGGGCCGAUAUCUCUGGGUUUGGUGA